AGCGGGGCGGGCGGCGAGCGCGGCGCUGCCCCUGCCCUGAGCAUCGGGGACCGUGUGAGGGCUAGGGCUUAAUAAGGCCUCCGGGAGGAUGUGAGUAAAGACCACGAGAGGAGGAAAAAGGCAGCGAGAAUAGGAGGGCUAAACAUAAACCCGGAGUAAGAAGGGAAAGAAGAGCUGGAUCUCAGCGGAUGCUCUGAAGUAUCUCACUGAAGCUUUUCAGUCCAUCAGUGAAGUAGAACUUGACGAUGCAAUUGAAAAUGUCAUCGAUGCCGUUGAAAAACAGCCAUUGUCAUCCAACAUGACUGAACAAUCCACGGUGGAAACAGCAGUCCAGGAAUGCAGCCGGGCACCGGAUGAAACCACAGAAAAUGUUUUCAACAUUAUUGGAGCCUUUGACAUUCCACGUUAUAUUUAUAAUGCAGAAAGGAAGAAGUUUCUACCUCUGUCGAUGACCGACCUCCCUGCGCCGAGUUUAUUUGGGACUGCCAGGGAUAAAGCAGAGCUGUUCCGUGAGCGCUACUCCAUCCUGCGGCAGAGGACUCACAGACACGAGUUGUUCACUCCCUCACCAAUUGUGGCUCACCCUGAUGACAGCAAGAGCAAAUUCCAGCUAAAGACCGUAGAAACUCUCCUGGGCAAUACAGCCAGAGUGGGAGAAGUGAUUGUGCUUGGGAUGAUCACUCAGCUUAAGGAGGGGAAAUAUUUCCUAGAAGACCCCACAGGAGUCGUCCAGCUGGACCUCAGUAAAGCACAGUUCCACAGUGGGUUAUAUACUGAAUCCUGCUUUGUUCUGGCAGAAGGUUGGUACGAGGAUGAAGUUUUUCAUGUGAACGCUUUUGGAUUUCCGCCCACUGAGCCUUCUGCUACCACGAGAGCCUUCUAUGGGAACAUAAACUUCUUUGGAGGCCCUUCUUCGUCGUCAGUAAAGGCUUCUGCCAAACUAAAGCAGCUGGAGGAAGAAAAUGAAGAUGCCAUGUUUGUGUUUCUUUCUGAUGUGUGGCUGGACCAAGCAGAAGUGCUGGAAAAGCUUCACAUGAUGUUUUCAGGUUAUUCCUCUGCACCUCCCACCUGCUUUUUCUUCUGUGGAAAUUUUUCAUCGGCGCCAUAUGGAAAAAAUCAAAUUCAGUCACUGAAAGGUUCUUUGAAGGCCCUUGCAGAUAUUAUAUGUGAACACCCCAGCAUUCAUAAAAGUAGUCGAUUUGUGUUUGUCCCUGGCCCUGAAGACCCUGGUCCUGGUUCUAUUUUACCAAGACCUCCCCUGGCUGAAAAUAUUACUCAGGAAUUCAGACAGCUGGUGCCAUUUUCAGUUUUCACCACAAAUCCUUGCAGGAUUCAAUACUGCACCCAAGAAAUUAUUAUCUUUCGUGAAGAUUUGGUCAACAAAAUGUGCAGAAACUGUGUCAGGUUCCCCAGCAGCAACAUGGACAUUCCCAACCACUUUGUGAAGACCAUUUUGUCCCAGGGCCACCUGACCCCGCUCCCGCUCUACGUCAGCCCCGUGUACUGGGCCUACGACUACUCCCUGAGGGUUUAUCCCGUGCCAGACGUGCUCGUCGUGGCGGAUAAACACGACCCCUUCACUGUCACCAACACCGACUGCCUCUGCAUCAAUCCCGGUUCGUUCCCAAGAAGCGGAUUUUCGUUCAAGGUGUUCUACCCCUCCAACAAGACAGUUGAAGACAGCAAGCUUCAGGGGCUGUGAAUUUCUGCAAGACAGCAAAAAGAGAGUGAGCCCAUGUGAAGCCAACUCCAGCUCUUAUUUUUUAGAUGUCUUGAUUUUACGAUGUAUUAUGGACGUUUUAUAAUAAAUGUCAAAUUUUGUUUACAAAU